CGUUGAUCGCCACCAAAGUUUACCGUCGGUAAACAGCCCGGUCCCGCAUGGCAAAUAGGAACCUGGCGAAAACAAAUGCGGGGCCUCGAAGGCUAAGCAGGGAUUCCCCAUCUUUCUUCCCUUUUUUCGAAUUUCCUAUUUCUUGUCCGCUUUCCCCUCUGGCCGAGUCUUUCUUACUUUUCUCUUUGUUGCAUAGCAGAGCGCUUGAGAAAGGUUGACUAAAUCCACACCAUGUCCUUCCAACUGCACAGUGCCCCGCCCUUCCGGGCCGAACACAUGGGUUCCCUGCUCCGGCCCCAGAACCUGCUGGAGGUGCGCGAGAGGAUCCGCGACACGGGCUUGUCCGAGGAGGAGGCGGGGUUGCACGCGGUCGAGAAGCAGACGGUCGGGGAGGUGGUCCAGCUGCAGCGGGACUUGGGCUACAAGGCUGUCACCUCGGGCGAGUUCAACCGGACGCGGUUCUGGGGGCAGAUGUGGGAUGAGUUUGAGGGAACCGUCCGUCUGCAGGACGCCGAGGCCUCGAUGUUCCGGCUGUACCACCCGGACGUGGUCAGCCUGAUCGAGAAGGACCGCAAGGUGAUGCCGGGCGACUCGGUGAUCGCCGGCUCCAAACUGUCGUGGAGCGCGGAGAAGUCCGUGUCGAACCUGCACGAGCUGCGGCUGGUGCAGCAGGCCCUGCCCGAGAGCGAGUGGGGCACCAUCAAGCUGACGAUGAUCACGCCCGCCUGGUUCCACAUGCGCUACAAGCAGGGCAAGGCCUACAGCCCGGCGGCGUACGCCACCGACGCCGAGUACUUCCGCGACGUGGCCCAGGUGUACCGCGCGGAGCUGGCGGCGCUGUACGCGGCGGGGCUGCGCAACGUGCAGUUCGACGACCCCGGGAUGGCCUACUUCUGCUCGACGGGCUUCCGCCAGGGCUGGGAGGCCGACCCGGACAACCUCGGCACCGUCGAGGACCUGCUGGAUGCCUACAUCCAGCUGUACAACGACUGCCUCCGCGACCUGCCCGCCGACUUCCACACGGGCAUCCACCUGUGCCGCGGCAACUUCAUCGGCGGCCGCCACUUCGCCGAGGGCUCCUACGACAUCAUCGCCCAGAAGCUCUUCCAGGACCUCAACGUCCACACCUUCUACCUCGAGUACGACAACGAGCGCUCCGGCGGCUUCGAGCCCCUCCGCUUCCUGCCCACGAACAAGAACGUCGUCGUCGGCAUCAUCAGCACCAAGCUCCGCGCCCUCGAGGACAAGGAGGCCAUGAAGGAGCGCGUCUACCGCGCCGCCGAGUUCGUGAGUGCCGGCAGCGGCGAGUCCCGCGAGGAGGCCCUCCGCCGCAUCUGCGUCAGCCCGCAGUGCGGGUUUAGCACCCACGAGAGCGGCUACCCGCUGAGCCUCGAGGAUGAGAAGAAGAAGCUGGGCUUGGUUCGCGAGAUCGCGGACGAGAUCUGGGGCCAGCCCUAGGUCAGUAUGGCUUGGGUGGUA